CGCACAUCUAAACAAAUCUACACACGGUCGCAGGUGCCAUCUCAUCAAAGGGUAGCGGCAUCGAUAGGCCUCGCUAAUUCUUCCAAUUCAAUACACAUUCGUGCACCUACUAACCUUUUUUUAUUCUAAGUCACUUCACGUUUUGAGGCAACACGACAACGCCCAUCAUCCAGCGCCUAACAACCAGGCUCGAAUGGUUGAACGGAAUCGAUAAUACAUAUAAUCAAACACAUUCCACCGAUGGAUAAUCGACUUUAACUCUUUAGAGUUCCCUUUUUGAGCUCCAGUUGUCCAGUUGUCUAGUCGCCCAACUCGUCUAACUAUCUCCUUUUGCUGUUUUUUUACCUCUGGCGACUAAAGUAGCGAUGGCUGAAUCAUCACCGCUUAAGCAAACACCCAAGCGCAAGCGUGACGAUGUACUCAACGAACAACGCACCCUUAACCCAUCUCCUAACUCUUACGGUCUAUCUAAGGCUGUAUUCUCCUUCCAACCUCCGACCCUUAAACCGGUGGAUGGAUCUCGCAAUGAAACCUUCGAGGACGGUAACAGUAGCCCUCGAAGCAAGGUUGCUCAGCAGUUCCGAGAACUCGCCCUUGAAAGUGGGGGCGGGGUAACUCACGACAAGGCCGAUGGAACAGUCGUUAAGGGAAAUAGAUCGGGAACGGGAGCGGGAGCUGGAACAGAUGAGGCUAGCCCCCAAUCUGUGACCAAUAGCCCAAGAUUUUCACCAGAACUACCCAUAUUCGAUUUUGAUGGCGGUAGCAGCAGCAGCAUGUCUGCUGAAGGCAUGCAGCUCGAUGAUGCUUACGAUGCAUCACGAAAGCGUGUCAAAUUACCCGACCAGCCCGACCAUGCUUAUCCUCCAAACGCGAGUGGAAUGGGGCUAAGCAACGAGGCAAACAUAUCCGACUUUAAUCCUACACAACAACGCAGCGAAUCUCCGAUCUUCACGCCGCAGACGGUUGUCGAUCCUUCUAUCGUGAGGUUAACGAAAUGUGAAGGUCCCGGUCGCUUGCAAAAGUCAUAUCCAUCUAUCAACCGACUCUCGGAAUCCAAGUCGCGUAGUCGAAAGCGAGCGGGUACCCCUCCUUUAACGAGGCGAAAGGCGACAGAUCCAUCCGUCGAAGAGGAGCCCGUUAUUGUCGACCCGGUUCGUGCUUCUCUUACGUGGCAUGAAGACGAAAUUACUGUCUACGAUCCCGAGGACAAGGAUGACGACGGUACCGGUAUCAACGGCAUCGGUUUUAAGCCAACUCCAGCGAUCGCCUAUGCAAGGGCCCAAAAGCGAAGACAGCAGCUAGCUGAUUAUAGAAAACGCGAAGAGAGUGAAGCUCGAGCCAGGAGGAACCAGAGACGCCGACAACAACUCAGUAGUGUUGCGCAGUUGGAAAGACAGCAUUCCAUGGCACGCGUGCGUUUCUCGGAUACGGAACCGACUACCGUUGUCACGACUUGAUAGCAACGCCUGGUCUUCGUAUUAUUGCUUGAGGUUCGAUUAUAUUAUUUGUGGUGUUAGGUGAGCACGACCAGUUCCGAUCGAUGGACACGGCGUUGGGUGAUUCCGGCGUAGAUUAUUGGUACGAGAAAUAGUCGACGCGAUGGCGACGCAACUUUUAUAUUUUUAUUUAUUUAUUUUUUGUUUGGGUACUUUUCUUGGAUGGAUUGGUUUUUUAUACGCGAAGAGCUAUCCGAAUUACAUACUCUCCCACCUCCAAGUCUUGGAGUCCAUAUUCUGUCGGAGCCCAAGCUGGCUUCGGUACCAACUUCCGGGUAGAAAAGCAUGGGUUUCAAGUAUUGGCACCUGGGCAGGAUCACAUCUAUAUCUCACAGAGCAGUUAUAAGAUGUAUAAUAGCAACAAGUGCUAUGAGCAAUCGCAUGGCUUGAAUGGGUUCACCAUAAUUUAUA